AGAUUUAUUUAUUAAAUAAUCCCCAGAUAAACACGGUAGUAUCCUAAUCAAACACCCCUAAAUCUUGACCCUCACGAGCACAACAACCAUAAAUUGAAAGUCCAAGCUAGGAAAAACAACCUAUGGGCAAUACUUGCAGUUCAUGUGAAUCCACCUCAGUGGUCGCAGCAAACCUGAUCGAUGAAGAUGGCAAACUCGAAGAAUUUUCGUACUCAAUUAUGGUUUCACAGAUACUACAAAGAAACCCUACUAGUUUUGUAUGCAAAGCAGAUGAUAUGGACGUCGAUAUCUUUACCUUUGUGUUGCGAUCAAGUUGGUUAAACAAUCCUCUUAGAACUAAACAGAUGGCUGCCUUGGCCGUGAAGGCAAGUUUGGCUCUAAAGAUGGGUAAUGGGGGUGGAGAUUGUUGUUGGUGUGGGAUGAAGAGGUUGGAUCCUGUGAUCGAGUGGACCAGCAAGAGCACUCGUGAUGAGACUAGUCCGACAGUGGCCAGAAACGAGAAUCACGAGGUGUGA